UCAGGUUUUUCAUACUGUUUUUAAAACCGGUGCCCAAACAGGUCAAUUCUCAUUUUCCAAAAAGUUGCAGUAUUGGAUUCAAGCGUGGGGUUGAAGUCGUGAAGAAAUUCCCAAGCAUCGGUUGCCGGGAACUCACAAACAUAAACCAGUAUAAAACCAACAAAGAGUGCUUGAUUAUUCGGCGAUUGAGUGUGGAUGGCAUCAAUGGCGGAGCCUCUGCUUCAUGAGGAGCACUUUGACGUUCUCACCAAAACUGGUCAAAGGACUGGCCUUUCCAAGCCCAGGGGAGAUGUUCAUAGAGACGGUGAUUACCAUGCUGCUGUUCAUGUGUGGAUUUUUUCUGAGAGUACACAAGAACUGCUUCUUCAACGACGUGCUGACUGCAAGGAUUCAUGGCCCGGGUUGUGGGAUAUCUCCAGCGCUGGCCAUAUAUCUGCCGGUGAUUCAUCCCUUAUAACUGCAAGGAGGGAGCUUCAUGAAGAGCUUGGUGUAAUCCUUCCAAAAGAUGCCUUUGAAUUUUUAUUCGUUUUCCUUCAAGAAUGUGUCAUAAAUGAUGGAAAAUUCAUUAAUAAUGAAUUCAAUGAUGUGUAUUUGGUAACAACUCUUGCUCCUAUACCUCUGGAAGCCUUUACUCUACAGGAAUCAGAAGUUUCUGCUGUUAAAUACAUUUCUUGUGAGGAAUAUAAGAGGUUACUUGCUAAAGAAGAUCCAGAGUAUGUUCCCUAUGAUGUAAAUGGGAAAUAUGGUCAGCUCUUUGAUAUAAUUGCACAAAGGUACAAAGAGAACAUGGAGGAACGCAGUCUAACUCUGCAGAAACAACUUCGUCGUUAUGUUCCUAUUUCUCUUGAGGCAGAGGUAUUCAACUUGUUUAUAUUCACUGAUUUAUUUUGUUGUGUUUGGUUCAUUGUGUUGCCUUAGAGUUUGAGUUUUUAUUUUUCAUGUAAUAUUGGGUGGGAU